GCAGCUGUUGUGCAUGAUUAAAUUAAAAUAAAAUGAUUGCACUCAAAACAAUACGAAAUCAUUGGAAAAAAUCAUUGUUUGCGGCAGGCGUUGCAGGCUACGGCAUUUAUUAUGCCAAAACAAGUUUUGAUAUAUCCCAGCAUAUGAAAAAUGUGUGUGCUGAAACUGUAGCCAUGGGGAAAAUCUGUGAUAAGCCGAAACACGUAUUGGUCGUUUUAAAUCCCGCUGCUAAUAAGAGAAAUGCCGAAAAAAUGUUCAAAGAAUAUUGCGAGCCCAUAUUACAUUUAUCCGGUUACAACGUGGACAUCAUAAAAACAACACAAGAAGGGCAUGUCAAAACAUGGCUAAACGAAAUGACUGUGCGUCCACAUGCAAUUGUGGUUGCUGGCGGUGAUGGCACAGCCUCCGAAGUAGUUACCGGCUUGUUACGACGCAAGGAGGGUAAAUGUCCAAUUGUUUUAUUGCCAUUAGGUCGAAAAAGUACUACUGCUUUUAAAUAUCUUGAUAUAAAGCCCGAAAACAAACUAGAACGUGUGAAAUCACUUACUGCCGCUUUAACGCCGUUACUCCAAGAAAAAGUAAAGAAUGAAAGUGUCAUGAAAGUUGAUUUCAUUAAUGACACAACAGAACCAGCGGACGCGAAAAAGGAAAACGCUACAGUUUACGGCUUGAACGACUUUUCUUGGGGACUUUUACGUGAUGUUGAGAGCAUUACAGAUAAAUACUGGUAUUUUGGACCAUUAAGGCAAUAUGCUGCAACAUUUUUCAGUGCUUUUUCAAAUAAAUUAAAUUGGAAUCUUGCCACUGAUUACGUGUAUACGCCGCCUUGUGCCGGCUGUAGAAAUUGUCAACCAUACGAAAAUAAAUCGUAUGUAAAGAAGUUUUUACCACGAAUGUAUACAGUUCGGGAUGCAAAUACAGCCAAUAAUAUAAAUUCGUACAAGUUGAACGAAGAUUGUGAUACGAAAACCGAAGGACAUACAAAUGUGAAUCAAUUAAAUAUAACGUGUAAACAAAACGUGGGUGCCACCUCCGAGCUCGAAACAAAAAUUUUUGAUACACUUACGCCAGGCUUUGACUUUGUUAAGCAAAUAAACAAAGUCAUUGGUAAAGAGUUGGCGCCAAAUAGCACAAUUAAAAGUAGAACAAUACGAUUGCAACCUACGGACAAAGCUGCUACGGAAGCCCACUACUCCAUAGAUGGCGAGGAGUAUGCUGUUAAACCUUUACGCAUUGAAGUUAUACCAAAUGCUAUACAAGUCUUUUGUAAUUAAAAACUCGUUUUUAACUAAAA